AUGGUGACAGAAUCUGACAUCAAGAAAGUUUGGCUCAAUGACAAGCAACUCUUGGUUGAAAUCCUCGAUCCAAGAUACUUUUGGAAUCCCCAUUAUACCUUGUUUGCGCUUCCUGGAAUAGCCAAGGAUAGCAAUGGAGAAGACUGCAAAUACAAGGAGCUACACAUCAUAACCAAACAAUUCAUUGAAGUGGAGGAAGAACUUGAAACUGUAAAGGUAAAUUGUAUGGCUUGGAACUUUGAUCCAGACCACACUCCUACAAAUGCAUGGCCAUAUUCAAAUUACGCGCCUGUCAACUCCAACAGUUAUCACGAGAAUUCGAACUGGGCAUCGAAUCGAGCUGACCAACAACAAUCAAACGGCGGCUCCAAUAUCAACGCCAACUUCAGCCAACAAAAUUCGUUCCUUCAAAAUGCUCAGCCCCCUACACAUAACGCCAACUGCUCCGCUCAACAGCCAAACAGUGCCACCAACAAUGCUCACACAGCCAGGACGGAGACCACCAGCAACUUCAGCAACACCUUCGUCCAACAGCAAAACGGUGCCUUCAACAACACUGCUCAGCCCCCUGCAAAUCAUAGCGCCAACGCCUUCGUUCAGCAGUCAAAUGGUGCCUUCAACAACAAUACUCAGCCCCCUGCAAAUCAUAGCGCCAACGCCUUUGUUCAGCAGUCAAAUGGUGCUUUCAACAACAAUGUUCAGCCCCCUGCAACCAGCGCCAGCGCCUUCCCGAUUGUUGCAACCAACAAGAACCCAUUGGCGGACUUGACUGCAUUACAAGAUACGGUCAAGCAGCUCCAGGAAUCGCUUGCACGACAGCACCAAAAGGAGGAGAGUUUGCGUCGUCUUCAGGAACAACAGAGGCAACAAGCGGAAGCAUUGCGUCUUUGGCAGGAAGCAUCGGAUCAAGCAACGGAAGAAUCAAGACAAGCAGCCCUUUAUGCUAUCCAGCAGCAGAAUGAAUUGCGUCGUCAGCAGGAAGAAUCGCUUCUUCAGCAGGAAGAACUGCGUUGUCAGCAGGAGCAACAGAAGAAAGAAUGGCAUGAUCAGGAAGAAGAAUUGCUUUGUCAGCAGGCACAACAAAAGCAAGAACAGGAGCACAUGAUUAACUCUUUUCAUCAAAAGCAGCAGAUCCGAGUUGAUGCUUUGAGUACCGCUGUUGCUAAGAAGCCAGCUUCACGUCCUGAUCAGAAAAGACUUGCUGACAAUCCGGCCCAACGCUCAGUCUCCAGUAGGUCUAAAAGAGCCAGGCAAACCGUUGUGUCUGGUGGAGACAAUGAUGACAAAAGCAUGUUCUCUGAUGCCUCACAGACCAUGUUACCUGCCGUCCCAGAUAAUAUCUAA